AAAUGCUAUUUUUAUGGUUACAAUUUUGGUUAAAAUUCCACGUACGGGUUAUCUAAAAUAAUAAACGCCAAAAAUUUGUCUGUCUGUGUGUCGGCAUUAAAAGAGCAUUGAUUGAAGAAAUCUAAGAAAAAAAAAUGUCCCUGUAUGAUGGUUUAGAUAUUGAUAAGGAAGAUGGUGGUAGCUCUAAACCAGUUGUUGCUGGGUGGUCUUCCAACUACAAACUUCUCCAGUCACAACUUCAGGCCAAAAAAGCUUCCUCGUCACAAGGAAGAAAAAGCAGACAUGGGGGAGCAACCUUGGCUCCAGUAGUGGACCUCAAGAAAUCCAAUGAUUCUGAGCUCUACUUCAAUCAAAUCACAGGCAGAAUUGAGAGAUGUCCCAAUGUAUCGGCUAACAUAGGAAGCUCACCAUUCAUCCCCUCUGAACCUGUUCCAUCCCUUACUGGAGUGGCAGAUGAGUAUGACCCCCUCAGGCCUAAUGACUAUGAGGAUUUUGUUAAAAAGAGGAAGGAGCAGAGACAUAAAGAGAGGGAGGAAGACAUGAGGAAGCGAGACAUGGAUGAGGACCGUCACCCAAGGAGGCGCAGAGAUCGAGACAGAGAUCGUGAUCGUGACAGGGAUCGAGAUGACUAUGACAGGAGAGGAGGAGGUGGAGGAGGAGGAGGGGAGAUGGAGCGAGCACAGCGAAGGCGAGAUGAGGAAGAGGAAGAUGAUUAUGAGAAACCACGCAAGCCAGUUGGAGGAGCAGCUAUUGCCCCGCCCACAUCUUUAAUUGAAGAUAUUGUACCCGAUCAGUCAGGAUCUCCCAUAAUGCCCAACAGAUCAAACUCUCCACCUAUGGGGUACAGCAUCGGGUUAGGAGGGUCUGUAGCCUCUAAGAUUAUGGCCAAAUACGGCUACAAGGAGGGUCAAGGUCUCGGGAAAUUGGAACAGGGAAUGAGUACCGCGCUGUUUGUGGAGAAGACGAGCAAGAGAGGAGGGAAGAUCAUCCACGAGAAAGACCUGCCCAAACUGGAGCCACCAAAGGAAUUGAGCAUAUCAAAUACCAAUUUAAUGAAAAAUCCAUCAAAAGUCAUUCUAUUACGGAACAUGGUGGGACCAGGAGAGGUUGACAAGGACCUGGAGCCCGAGACAGCUGAGGAGUGCACUAAGUACGGAAAGGUCAUCAAAUGUGUCAUAUUUGAGAUUCCACAUGGUGAUGAUGAAGAGGCAGUUAGAAUUUUUGUGGAAUUCGAACGAGUAGAUUCAGCCAUUAAAGCUAUCAUUGACCUGAAUGGCAGAUACUUUGGAGGAAGAAUUGUGAAAGCGUGUUUUUAUAAUUUGGACAAAUUCAGAAGACUAGAUUUAGGGGGUGAAAUGGAUUCAUCAUGACGGCCAUGGAAGAGGAAGUUUUUUCAGCUGAUGUUUGUGCAUAAAUGUACAUCAAUUCUGUAUAUAUUUAUCAAUAAAAUGGCUCAAAGGUCACCUACUAAAACACCAAGAAAUUCUACACUGUACAGUGUAUAUAUGUACAUGUAUUAAAAUGUAAAAUAUAAAUGUACAGCAUCUAUAGUAUGCAGUAUACAUGAACAAAGAUGGACAGGAAGUGUAUGUAAUUCUUACAUAAGAAAUAGUGAAUUCAUAGUGUAUGAUGUGUGUGUAUGUUGAUCCAUUAGACGUACAAUGUAUGUGCAAAGCAUUUCGUUGUACAUGUAUUACAUGAAUUUGUAGCAUUUUGAUACAGCAGAAAUAAAAUUAUACCAGAAAUUUUCUUUUUUCAU